AUGGCCAACUUCUCUUCUUCUCCAGAGGAGUUUCCUCCUCUCUCCUCCAAGGUAUCUCCGCCUAUUUCUGCUCCGGCUCUUAGCUACAGCAAUAUUGUGGCGACUCCUCGUCCUGGGAACGCAUUUCAGCUCUCUUCAUCGAUUGCUAUCGAUGAUCCUUUGGACUUUAAUGAACCUCAAGUUAAAGCUGCUAAAGAAGAGUGGGGGCUGUCGUUGAUCGGCUACUCCAUAGGUAGACGUCCAUAUUACGAAUCUCUGCUUUCAGCCAUGCGUAAGUUAUGGAAGAUGAAAGGUAUGAUGAAAUUGCUCUCUUUAAGUGAUGGUUUCUUCAUGCUCAAGUUUUCGGCUCAGGAAGAUUAUGAUAUGGUUUUGGCGGGUGGUGUUUGGUUUUUGCUUGGUAAACCUUUUGUUUUACAAAAAUGGGUUCCCAAUUUCAAACCGGUGAGGGAAGAAUUUUCCUCUAUUCCGAUCUGGUUCAAAAUAAUUGAUCUUCCUCUUCCUUGCUGGACUCCGGAGGGUAUUUCUCGGAUUGCUAGCAAAAUCGGGAAGCCGUUAGUGGUGGAUGAUCUCACUGCCGAGAAGACUAGACUUACGUAUGCACGUGUUUGUGUCCAGGUUACUAAGGAUUGUGCUUACCCUGAGUCUAUUCCAAUUACAAUUUUAGGGGAACCUUUUACUCUCAAAAUUCAAUAUGAAUGGAAACCCAUUCCUUGUCAACACUGCGGCUCUAUUGUUCAUUCACCUGAGUUCUGUCCAGCAAAACCGCCUUCUUCUCAGCCGGAUGUUCAUAUACCAGAGCGGGGGAGGAGUAACAGUCGCAAGCCACCAAGACCUUCACAAAGAAACUCCUCUAACAAUUCCACCAGACAGAACAUUCCUUCUUCUUCAUCAGAUGGCCUUAAUUCUGCGCAAGCGGCUAGUCAGGCCGAAACAGCUUGUAUCGACUCAGACUACUGCAAAUAUUAUUCAAACUCCUGCUAG